GAAAAAAUUUAAAUACACAAAAACAUUAUCACUUGUCUAUGAUCGUUAUUUAUUAUUCGCCAAUAAUAAUUAUAUUUGCUAUUCAUUUGUGUUAAUAUUAAAAUAUUAUCUAGUUAUGUUUUAAAGUUUAAUCAUUACCAACAGCAGUAUUACUACAAUAGUCUGUGUUAUCAAAGCUUUUAUAAUAAACGUAUAACGUGUAACCUAGAUUGAGUCAUAAACAAGUUUUUUCAUUACAUAUUAUAGUGAUUUGUUAUUACAAUGGAUAACAUUAACAGAAAGCCACCUCCUUAUACAGAGCAGCCUCCUGCAGGAGUUCAUCAACAAUUUAGUUAUUUACCACCCCCUUAUCAACCAACGGCACCACUAUAUCAUCCGUCUGUUCCUAACUAUGGUACCAAUGCUACUUCGACAAUUGUCACUGUAGUGCCCUCUGAAGUUGUGGUUAUUGGAGGAUGCCCUGCUUGUAGAAUAGGCAGAUUAGAAGAUGACUACACUUGUUUAGGUAUAUGUUGUGCAAUAUUUUUCUUCCCCCUUGGAAUACUUUGUUGUCUUCUUUUAAAAAGCAAGAGAUGCUCAAAUUGUGGUGCAUGCUUUGACUAAAUAUUCAUUUCCAAAUUUUAUGACCUAUAUUUAUGGUAAAAGAUUUCAGAUAACAAUUAUUUUAAUCUAUUGUAUAUUAUUAGACAAUAAGUAUUAAC